AUUUCAGGAAGGGAUGAAUUAUCACAAUCAGGUUCAAUAAAUGGCUAUGGAAAUAAUUCCGGGGGAGGCGGCGGCGGCGGAGGUGGUGGUAGCAGCGGUGGUGGCAACGGCGGCGGAGGCAGUGGAGUUGGAAGUAGUGAAGGAUGCGACGCAAAAAAAAGAAAAGGACCCACACCUCGACAACAAGAAGAAUUGUGCCUUGUAUGUGGCGAUCGUGCGUCUGGUUAUCAUUACAACGCCCUUACAUGCGAGGGCUGCAAAGGCUUCUUCAGACGAAGCAUCACCAGGAACGCUGUAUAUCAGUGCAAGUAUGGCAAUAGCUGCGAGAUCGACAUGUAUAUGCGCCGCAAGUGCCAGGAGUGCAGACUGAAGAAGUGUCUGACAGUUGGCAUGAGGCCGGAAUGUGUUGUGCCCGAAUACCAAUGUGCGGUAAAAAGAAAAGAAAAGAAAGCACAGAAGGUAGAUAUCAUAUCAUAUUAUCCUAUAUAA